AAAUUGAGCCCCACAUGGCGGCCCAAGCCAAAAUUCCUGUCGAUACUUAUAAUGGAGAAAUUUUGAUUCCAAAUUCCAAAAUUAGAGAUUGUGUAAUCAAGGAAACGCUUACUCAUGCUAUAAACGGUUAUGCCCUAGUUGACCUAGAAAAUCCUAGUAACACCUAUCAAGAAAUUUCCUUGUGUUUCAACUGUCAAGCUUUAGGUCACACAGCUGGAAACUGUCAGAAGGAAAAAAUAUGUCCAUGUGGUAAUCCUCCACAUGAAGGUCCUUGCCCGGAGCCCAAAAAAUGCGUAAAUUGCGAAGGUCCACAUUCAGCAGCUUAUAUGAAUUGCCCAAAACUAAAAGCUGAAGCAGCAAUACAGAAAGUAAAGGUAAUGGAAAACAUAACAUAUGCAGAAGCAAAAAGAAAAGUAAAUAUAACCACUCCAAAACCUACUACGUCCUAUUCUGCUGCCGUCCAAAAGUCAUCAGAAAUGAACAUUCAGCAGAUCAUAUCAACAAUAAUUCCUCAUAUCGAAACUGCAGUUAGAAACGUAAUCUCAUGUUCUACAUCUAAGUGCGACCAUUUUAAAGCCCCAUCAUCAGGGCUAAUCUUCCGUAGAGAUAGAUCUGAUUCUGUCUCUACAAAUUUAUCGGCAGCGUCCGAAAAAAGAAAAAAACCAGGGGACUCCACUACAGAUGAUGAUUCAUCUGCUCUGGACCCCAACUCAAAUCCAACAAAAAAACGGGGCAGGCCUAAAAGGACUGCCCCGUGA